AUGAAGUUCUCUUCUGUCAGUGCUGUGGCCGCCUUCUUGGCCGUCCAGCAAGUCUCUGCUUCCUGGGAUACCGAAAGUUGUUUCCCUAGCCCAAGCAAUUGUGACAACAAAUGUACUAGCACUCAGAACGGUGGCUGGGACUGGUCCUGGUUGAGCCCUGGCCAAUCCCUCCAGAACUACGAUGGAUUCGGAUUCUCUGGCUUCUCUUGUUCUGAGCGCAGCAGCGGAAAGGGCAAGCGUACUUCUGAUAAAUGCAUCUCCGGUUCCAUCUCCAAGUCCGGCAAGGGAUCAUCUCCCUCGAUUAGCUGCGACGGUGACGUUGAUGCCUUCUCCAUUACUCAUUUCAGCGUCUACACCGAUAAGGAUACCGAUGUUAACUUCAACUUUGGCAUGCCUGACGGAAGCAAGUGUUCGUUCACACACAAGUGUGGAUCUGAGGGUACCGAUGUCUCUAACGACCAGUGUGGUGGUGCUACCUCUGUUAGCUGGACUAUCCCCGACCACAGCGACGUUGACGACUGUGGAUUCGGAAUAUACUCUAUUGGAUUCGACUGCAGCCCCAGCACUGGUGGUCACACCACCACUAGCUCUCGUGGCUCUCAUUCUACUGUCCCUGUCUCAGUCCCAGUCGUCUCCGUACCUACCACCACUCCUGUCUCUAUUCCAGUGACUGUUCCUGGAGUCUCGACCGAGGCCGCACCUACCACUGCCCCUGCUGGUCCUUCUACUACUCCUUGUACCACUACUCCUGGUGCCACUGGUGUUCCUGGAACCACUGCUCCUGGCACCUCUGUUCCUGCCUCCACUCCUGGAUCUUCUGCUCCUGGCACUACUGCUCCUAGCACCUCCAUUCCUGCCUCUAUUCCUGGAUCUUCUGCUCCUGGCACCUCCGUUCCUGCCUCCACUCCUGGAGCUUCUGCUCCUGGAUCGUCUGCUCCUGGCACCUCAGUCGCUCCUGGAACUUCUGCUGCCCCCACUUCCGUUGUUCCCGGAACCUCUGUCGUUGGCCAGUCCAGCCCAGCCGUUUCCUCCCCCGGAGCUGUUUCCACUGCCCCGGUCCAGAGCUUCAGCACUUCCACCGUUUAUACAACCACCGAAGUCACCAUCACCAGCUGCGCUCCCACCGUCACCAACUGCCCUGCUGAGUCCAAGACUGUCGUCACCCAGACCAUCGCCGUCUCCACCACCAUCUGCCCCGUCACUGCUACCGAGACCGGCGUCCCCGGAGCCGCCAGUACCGCACCCGCAGGCGCUGCUAGCAGCACCUCCCCUGCCGGUACCAGCCCUACGUCCAGCCCUGCCCCCGGCUCCGACUCCUGCCCCAGUGUCGUCCCCAAGUGUAUCAAUACCUGGCUCCCAUCCACCUGCACUGAUAACACCGACGUGUCCUGCUACUGCCCUUCAUCCAACGCCACUUCCGCCAUCAUCUCCUGUAUCCAGGCCUGGAGCAGCGACUCUGAUGAGCUCUCCACCGCUUUGUCCUACUUCACCGGUAUCUGCAGUGGCUACAUUCCCGGUAACCCAGGAAUUGUCACCGCUGUCCCCACCACCAUCACCUUGGGUCCUACUCCUGCACCCUCUGGAACUGCUGCUGCUACUUCUGUGCCAUGCACCACCAUCACCUACUCCUCUAGCACAUGGACUGUUCCUCAAGUCGCUUUCACGACUGCCACUGCCACCGGUGUCGGUGCCACCCCUACUGUCGGUCUUGUGGGUGUGACUUCUGUCCCUGCUCCCGCAAACACCCAACCCGUCGCCGCUGUCACCACCUUGGCAACCAAGACCAGUGCCGUCCCUGGUGUCGCCGGCGCCACAGGAUCCAAGACUCCUACCGCCUCUUCGACACUCAAACCAUUCACCGGUGCCGCCGUCCCAGGCGCCAUUGUCUCACGACAGGGUAUGCUCUUGACCGGUGCCAUGGGAAUGUUGACCUUGUUCUUGUAA